UGUGAUCAGCUAAAGUUUAACAAUGAUUAGCAGCAAAUGUAAUCAGUUGGAAAUGGAAGUAUAUGACAAGUGAAUGUUUAAUGUUGAUGUCAAAUGGAAGUUUAAGUUUUGGAAGCCUGGUGAUCAAAAGAACAAAUGGUUAAAAAAGUAGAAGCAUUAUAAUGGAGAGGAAGAUAGCAGUAUUGUGUUGUGGGAUAUUGCUACUUCUGGGGAUGAUCAGGACACAGCCUGAGGCAGCUAUCACCUCACACCACGUGGAUCAGGGGGCUAUAUAUGAAAUACUGGUCCACCCUGACUCAGGGGACAUUUUUCUUGGUGCUAAGAACGUGUUAAUUCAUAUUCGUGAUUCUGAUUUGCGUGUCCUAAAACAAGAGGUUAUGGGCCCUUGGAAUGACAACCCCCAGUGUUCUCCGGACCCUACGGGGGCAUGUAGUGAGGGAAGAACCCCCACAAAUAAUCAGGUCAAUAUCUUGGCCUACGAUAAAGGGACGGGGUAUAUGCUGGUGUGUGGCUCCCUCUGGCAGGGCAGGUGUGAGCUUAGAAACACCAGGAACAUUAGUCAUGUUCUCAGAUUGACAAACAGUGUAACCAACUUUGUAGGCAGCAUCAACAAGAGGCAUGUGUUUGCUUUUUUUGGCAAUAAACCUAUGGGAGGUGGUGGUGAUCUGUUAUAUGUUGCCAUGGGGAGGGAUGGCAGACCCAAACAAUUCCAACCAGCAGCCAUUUCUACCCGAGAUUACCAUGCUAAAGACAAGGAAUUCAAAUAUUAUAUCAACGGGUCUAUGUAUCACACAUAUGUUGAUGUUCAUUCAUCUCUUAUAAACAAGUUCAGAGCAUACUACAUUUAUGGUUUUGAGUACGAGAACCAUACUUAUUUUAUAUCAGUUCAAAUGGAGGAUGCCCUAGCACGUACACCAAGGUUUCUAACAAAAAUCAUUCGGAUUUGCCAAAAGGACCAAACGUAUGCCUCGUACACUGAGCUUCCCCUACAGUGUGUGUCUAAAUCUGUCGUUUACGAUAUCGCCAUUGAUGCCUAUUAUAAUGGAUCCCCUGCCAGGGAUUUUUCCAUGGGAUUAGCGGUGACGCUAGGGAGGACGAGCGGUGAUUCUGAGGCUGAUCCUUCCCUGGGGUCCGUUCUGUGUUUCUAUGAUAUUCUGGAUAUUGUUCAGAAAUUUGAGGAGUUACAGGAUCAGUGCUUUACUGAAGGCAUAGGAAGUCAAGUAACCUGGCUAGUGGGAAAAAGCUUAUCAGAAGUUAGGAACUGUGAACGAGAUAUGACAUAUGACCAGAAAAGUUUCUGUGGAUUGUUGACUAAUAUUGGAAUCCAGGAGAGUGCUACCAGUCCAAACAGUGACCACUUUAAACUGAGCCAUAAUUCUCUGUACCAUGUGCCUGACAAACUGCUGACAUCUGUUGUCACAGUGUUACAAAGCAGAGAAAGAAUAGCAGUUCUAGGCACCAACACUGGGCAAGUUACCAAGGUGUUAAUGACUGGCCAGGGUCAUUAUCUGACAAGUUGGAAUAUAACAGACACGGCAAUAACUGGUCAGUCAGAGGUGGACAGGAGUCAGACACACGUCUUUCUUAUUGCCGAUCAAAUGUUGUACAAGUUUCCUCUCUACACGUGUGAUGGAUACACAACAUGUGAGGCAUGUGUAGGGAGUAAGGACCCGACGGGGUGUGGCUGGUGUGUCAAUCACUGCUCCACCAGAACCAAGUGUAUCAACCCCCCACCGACCAGCUCAGGACAGCCAGGACAGUGGCUGAACAAUACGUGUCCCCCAGUAAUAUCACAGGUUACCCCCUCAGCUGGCCCCACCCAGGGACAAACCCUGUUAACUCUGCAAGGGAGAAAUUUUGGAACAGCCAGGGCCACAGAGGUGAAGGUCUCCCUUAAUGGAAGUGAUUGUUCUAUACAAAGCCAGAGGAAGAAUGAGACUAUGUUACAGUGUAGGACCCCUCCAUCACCGAGUCAUGGAGCAGCAGAAAUCUUACUGACAGUAAAAGACACCACACACCUAGGAUAUAAAAUAAGUGGCACCUCAGCCCCUGUAGACUUCCAUUAUCAGGUACCAGUUAUUACGGGGAUUUCCCCGACUCUGGGUCCAGUCUCAGGUGGUACGUCACUGACAAUAAGUGGAGAUAACCUGGACAUUGGUUCAGACCUCCGUGUAUCUAUAGGAGAGGCAGAGUGCAGGGUUCAGAGUAAACACCGUUCCUCUAUUGUCUGUCUGACUGGGCGUGGAGUGGUGUCCUCGACAGUGACCUACAAAACCUCAGCCCUGGAGUCCCUGUAUCCCUCCCUGAUUACCGCCGCUCACGUCUCAGUCCAAAUAGAUGGCAGCCAUACUAACAGUUCACAGAUGUUUGCCUAUGUCAAUGAUUCCACAAUAUCCAGCAUACAACCUAAAACCUCCAUUGUGGAUGGUGGACUGGAAAUUGUUGUGACAGGGAUGAACCUGAAUGUGGUACGGCAGCCUCAGAUUGGUGCCACUGUAGAUGGGAAAGAUACAGAUCUCAGGAACUGUAAAGCAACAGCAAAUGGAACCAGAAUGAUUUGUCCUUCACCGAGCAUCCAGGAGCUUCUGUCAGAGCCAGUGGACCCCGAAAUUCCUAAAAUAGUAUCCAUCUGGUUCAAGAUGGAUGGAAUAAAGGAGCUGAGAGAGUUAGAUAAACAUUCCCUGGCCCUGAGUCGCUUUACUUACUACCCCAGUCCUAUGUUUGAUCGCUUCAAGUCUGUGAGGCUGUUUGAUCUAUCAGAGGAUUUACUGACUAUAAAAGGUGAGCACAUUGAUAAAGGGAUAACACCACGAGAUGUGACUGUAACCAUUGGCAACAGCAUGUGCGUGGUUAAAUUGCUUCAGAGCAACUUACUGUACUGUAAACCACAAAACAAACCUUCAAAGACAGAAGACAGUGGGCCAUAUCAUCGUGUAAAGGUGAAGGUUGGAGUUAAUUUGACCUUUGACAUCGGAAAUCUAAAAUAUGUUGGGGGUCCCUCCUCUGAGUCACCAACUCUGAUCAUCGUCAUCGCCAUUGUGCUUGCUAUUAUCAUCAUCGCUAUCAUUGUACUCAUCAUCGUUUACAAGAAACGAUGUGGUCCAUUCACAAAGAAAGGCUACACUGCAGGAUAUGCCAAUGGUCAGGGGCAGGUCCAGUUCACUGGCCUGAGUAACCCUGAUGGGACAACAUUUGACUUUGAAAGAGACAACAGGGCUAACGAUUAUCAGGAGCGCCACCUAUCAGAGAGUCGGGAUGAUGCCGCUGACUUGUCGAGAGGAGAUUCGGCGGCCGUGGUAUUGGACGAGUCAACAGUCCUUGUGUUACGAGACAAAAAUCUUCUGAUAGAACAUGAUUGGCUGUCAAUGGGGGAAAUACUGGGCAGAGGUCAUUUUGGAUGUGUAUACAAAGGAUAUAUUACCUAUCCAGGAUCUAAAACUGAAACAAUGGUAGCUGUGAAAACCCUACACCAAAACAGUCCUAGAGAAAUUGACAUCAGCCAGUUCAUUGAUGAGGCGCUUCGUAUGAAGGAUUUCCACCACCCUAAUGUGUUGACCCUGAUUGGGAUCUGCUUUAACUAUGACGCCAUGCCCCUUGUCAUACUGCCUUAUAUGGAGCAUGGAGAUUUACUGACUUAUAUUAGGAAUGAACACAAUAACCCCACUAUAAAGGAUCUCAUUCUGUUUGCUGUUGAUAUUGCCAAAGGAAUGGAGUACUUAUCUCUUCUUAAAGUUGUACAUAGAGACUUGGCAUGUCGGAAUUGCAUGCUUAAUGAGGAGUACAGAGCCAUUGUUGCAGACUUUGGUUUGUCACGAGAUAUAUACGAGAGAGACUAUUACAGUAGUGACAACAAAAAGAGUAAACUUCCAGUCAAAUGGAUGGCACCCGAAAGCUUAGAGAAGGGCACCUACAGCUCUAAGUCUGAUGUGUGGUCCUUUGGUGUGGUGCUGUGGGAGCUGAUGACCAGGGGAGUUAAUCCAUACCCAGAGGUGGAUAACUGGGACGUACUGAGGUAUAUCAAGAAGAACAGAAGGAUGCCACAGCCUCCAUUUUGUCCAGACCCCCUGUAUACAGUGAUGAGGAAUUGCUGGGAGUUUGACCCUAACAACAGACCUCAGUUUAGUGAGUUAGUGACCUCUAUUAAGGAGAUGUUAGCGGUGUUGGAGCACAAGAUGAAACAAGGGCAGCAUAGAUCAAAUAUACAAAGUACCUACGUCAAUACCGAAAACUGUACGGACUAUCACUACGGAAACCAAGAGGAGGAGGAGAAAUCUCCACUAGCCAGUCCCAUAGAGACGGAUCUCUGAGUCCUCAGCAGUAAUCGGGUCACAUCAUGCACUGGGGAUGGGGUGGGGGGAUACAGAGACCGGCCCCUCUCAUCACAUGGUGGGGGAGCCUGGCUUGAACUCCAAGACCACUCCCACUUAUCACUGGGGACAUCGGAUUUAGACAUUCAGUAUAAACCAAAUGGCAGGAAGGAUUUUCUUCUAGCAGUUUUACAUAUGCUAUUAAUUUUAUUUAUUUUAGCAAAGCUUUAAAAUACAUGCAUGUACAUGGUUGUUGAAAAAAUAUAACAGUAUGUAGCCGUCCAGAUUUGUUGUGAAUUCAGAAUCUACAUUGAUCAAUGUAUACAUGUAAUAGGGGUAGCUUGUGUAUUUGCCUUUAAACAUUUUAAUGGUAUUUAAAAACAUGUAUAUAUGGCACAUUUAUAUAUUUAUAUAUUGAAUGAACAUAAAUGCAUCACUGAUGACUGUACAUUAACUGAUAGACUCGUCAAUGUUAUCAGUUUUGAUUUUACCAUGACAUAUUUUGAUUAUUGCCAUUGAUGAUAGGUAAAUAGUGUUCUUUUUUUUUCUUUAGAUUCGAGGCUUUAUGUUAUUUUUGCACGUAUACAUGCAUGUAUUCCUAACUGUUUAUCAGAAAGAAAUUUUUAUAUUCAUCACAAUUUUUUUUUUCAAAGAAACAAGAAUUUUUAUACUGUAUACAGAAAAAAAGAUAUUUCUGUACUUACAUGUUGCUAUAGUUUAGAGAGCAAAUUCAGACUUUUUAUAUGACAGACGCUGUUUAUAAAAUGGAACUGUGAACCAUUGUAUACUACAAACUAAGAAUGUAUCUUAGAUCUGCCCUUACUGACCAUAGUAUGUUAUAAACAUAUCAAAGUAUACCUUAAAAGCUCAUUCUUCAGUAAUACAGGGUUUGCGGAACUUUUUCUUCAUCUCUUGAAUAUUUAUUAGAAUCAUUUUAUCAAUUUACAACACACAUGGACUGGCAUGAGCUCACUGGGACACCAAAGAUAAUACAUUGUUCCUCUCAUAGUGAACAUGGGAAUUUUCUCAUUUUAAAGAUGUUAUUUCUUUGUGUUAUUUUUUAUUUGUUUGUUUUGGAGAAAGUAUCCAUUUGUUACGCAUUCCAAAGAUAGACAAUGAAACAUUUUGUCUACAGAUUUUUAUUGAGUAAACAGAAAGAAAAGAGAGAAACAUUCCAUUUUAAUUAGAUAUAAUACUAUUCUUAUGGAAAUAAAAACAGAUUUUUAUUACCAAUGAU